UGAGGUCCCUGUUAGCGUCUUCAUGCCUCAGAGCCAUUCAGAGUCACAUUGUUCUCUCGCAGCUGCACAUCUGUAGGAAUGAGAUAAGAGGAUUUAAAGUAAAACCAAACAUCAGCAAGUCGCUGAAGGGAGAGCAGCUAGCUAUGGAGCCACGGGCAUCAGUCACAUCCUUCAAGGACAUCCCAGUACGCCGAUGGAGCCUGCGUUCCAGCUGCAGUCUACCUUAUGGCUCUUUUGCAAACAGCCUGGCGUCUCUCGCACCCGAUGCUGAGGAGAAACCUGCCAUAUCGCCCAAGCGCGCCUAUGUCACUAUGUUUGUGCUUUGCUACGUCAACUUGCUCAACUACAUGGAGCGGUACACAAUAGCAGGCGUCCUUACAGAUAUUCAAAAAUUCUUUGAUAUAAAGGACAGCACCGCUGGACUUCUGCAGACAGUUUUCAUCUGCAGUUUUCUCCUUUUGGCCCCUCUCUUCGGUUACCUUGGCGACCGCUACAAUCGCAAAUACAUCAUGAUUGGCGGCUUGAGUGUCUGGCUUUUGACUGCGACCGCCAGCUCUUUUGUCAAUGAAUCGCAAUUCUGGCUUCUCGCCCUGCUGCGAGGCUUGGUCGGGACCGGAGAAGCCAGCUAUUCCACCGUCGCUCCGACCAUCAUAAGUGAUCUCUUUACUGGGGGCAAAAGGAGCAUCAUGAUCUGCAUCUUCUACAUCUUUAUCCCUGUCGGAAGCGGUCUUGGGUAUAUAACAGGGCGUGGCUUUGCAUCUCUCACGGGGGACUGGCACUGGGCUCUGAGGAUCACACCCAUCAUGGGCGCAGUGGGACUCAUUUUGAUGAUCGUUUUGUGCCCCAACCCGCCGAGAGGUGCUGCAGAAACCCACGGAGAGGGUGUGACUGAGCAGAGCUCUUACUUGGAGGAUGUCAAAUAUCUUCUGAAGAAUAAAAGUUACGUGUGGUCAUCGUUGGGAGUGACGGCCCUGGCCUUCCUCACCGGGGCGCUGGCUUUCUGGCUGCCGAACUUUUUGUCCCGAGCUCGUGUCUAUCAGAAACUCAGCGACAAACCAGGUGACUCCUCGGACAGUUACAUCUUUGGUGCUGUAACGGUGGCCACGGGCAUUCUGGGCGGGGCUCUCGGCACUAGUUUAUCCAGACGGUUUAGAGACAAGGUGCCAAAUGCUGAUCCACUCAUCUGCGCCGUGGGCAUGCUUGGAUCAGUGCCGUGCCUCUUUAUCACCAUCUUUGUGGCAUCAGCAAGCAUUCCCGCCACUUACGUGUUCAUUUUCUUGGGCGAGCUGCUGCUCUCGUUGAACUGGGCGGUCUUGGCUGACAUACUGCUGUAUGUUGUCGUACCAACAAGGAGGGCGACAGCGGAGGCUCUGCAGAUUACAGUCGGACAUCUGCUGGGUGAUGCUGGGAGCCCUUACUUAUUAGGAGUGAUCUCUGAUGCGAUAUAUCCAGGUAGCCCCGACAGGAACUUUGACAGUUUGAAGUACAGCCUGCUGCUCUGCCCCGUGGUCGGGAUUGUCGGGGGAGUGUUUUUCGUCGUUACUGCCGUCUACAUUGCUGAAGACAGGAAAGCAGUGCAGCAGCUGCUUGGAGAGGAACCCCAACCACCGCAGCAUCCUGCACCUGAGCCCUCGGUGGAGCUGAGCAACAGGGGAAAUGUGUAACGUCUUGCAAAACGAGUCAUGCAAUGAAUGUUAAGUUAUGAGGCCCUGUUACACAGACGAACGGCUUUCAGUCUGUGCAGUGUUUAACACCAUUUUUAAACGAGAGUGCGUUUCCGUUUUCACCUCAGUGUAAUCUCACAGGAGAAGUUUGUCUUUUAAAAUGGUCACAUUGUUACCUCACAGCUCUCUGCAGUAGACUUGAAACGUGAAUGCAGUUGUAUUUUUCACUCUAAAUGUUGUUGGUUAUAUUUCUAUUAAAUUUUCAAG